UGGAGCUUUACAAUGGUUAGAGAUGAAGGUAUACUGUGAAAGAGAAGACUAGUCUUCUUCGAUCCACUCGUGGAGGUCUUCCUCAUCUCUGAAACGGCAGUGAUGACGAUGACGACAAAUACAGUGGAUAUGGCCCGGGAGACCCAGCAGAGGAUGUUCACCAGAACAGGUGAGAAGACAUAUUUAUUUGUAUUAUUUUUAUUUGAAACAUGUCAUUGUGGAAGCAACAACUCAGACUCUUGUGAGAGGAUGAAGUGUCAGAGGCAGACGGACAACAAUGGCAACACUGAACGCUAAUGCAAAUUUAAUGUAAAACUUGUUUUUCACAAAACAUAAAGUGUGUUUGGGUAAACAGUGGGACUGACUGGGUCUUUUAUCAGCGAGUAUUGAGGCCUCCUCACCCAUGUUCGUGAUAGCUUCUCUGCUGACAUCACUUUCAAUUUUUUACAUGUCUGAGUUUAACCAACAUGUUUAACAAUUGUUCAAGCUGCCCUUUUGUUUAAGUAAAACUCCCAUCUGGCUACUGGCUCUCACCUUCUCACCUAUCUUGGCCAACGCGAGACCUCUGGAAAACAAAAUGGUAAACGUUAGCAAUUCGGAUGCUCUUCUGAAAUCGGCAGUUAGAAGUCACAAGUUUGUGACAUGAAACUGUGAAGAACAUUGUUUGCCACCCAAAAGGCUUCCGUAGUCAACUUCCCAAGAAUGAUAUAGACUCUACAUAGAGUGUGAACAGUCAGAAUUCUGCCAAUGGCAAUUCAUCUGGUAGUUAUGAGCAUGAUAUAUGAGCAAAGUCCAGUGACCACAGAACCUCCUUGAUGGACGUAUUACUGACAUCAACAGCGGCAAGCUUUUUUCACAGCCAUAACAAAAAAGUUGCUUUAAAGCCUCCGCCUUCACACACCGGAUCAGACCCGACACAAACCUGCAGGUAGCUUGGAUUCGUUUAGUGAUGGAAAUGAUGGUGAGUCACAGCUCGCCUUUAUUUGGCUCCAAGUCUCCGUGAACGUCCCCUCACAGAAUACAAUCUCACAGUGGGGAACUCUAUUGCAUAAAUACACUGCUUAAAUUGGGGACAGAGCAAUGUUGUCAUUAUCUUAAUAUGUUUAACAAAUGAUCUCGGUCAUUCUUAAGUGACACAAUAGUAGAUUCAAGUUGAAAGAUCCUACCAUUCCUUCCGGUCUCGUGGUAGAGUGGAGCGGAAGUCUCAACUCCACAGUUGACUUUUACUUUGACAGGUAUUUCAGGAUGUGACGUAAGCACGAUGACGCCGGCUUGACACUAGUUGAAACUUGGUCAAACUUUUCGUCCGGAGACGCCACUGCCGCCCGGGGAUCUGCACUUCCGAGUCACUCCACUCGUCUUCUCCUGCGGAUGCACGAGGCGCCGUUGACGAGCGCGGCGGAUCAUUUGAGCCGCUGGUCUUCGCGGAACGAGCCUGAGGUGUGUGCGGAGUUGGGAGCUAACUUCAGUGACACCCAUGAACUAGUCGAGCUAUGCUAAUCGAAAUCACUCCGCGGUGACUGGUCGACUCGGAACUUUAUCUGCGGUUAGAACGUACUUUGUUUUCAGUAUGGAAGAGCAGUUGAGUAGUUAACGACGGUUCCGUAAUCACUUUCGACGUCUAAGUUCUUGAAGGCGGAAGUAGACCAUCUGUCCUCCCCCUUGCGGACCGAAGCCAGGAUGCCCGCAGACUCCGUCAACUUUAACCUAUUGCACCGGACUUGCAAGCUGGUGGUGCUGCUCUGUCUGCUCCACAUCUUUGUCACGGUGGUCUUCUACGUCCGCUCUCUGGACAUCCGCUUCGCCUUCGUGCAGAACCAGCAGAAUUACAAGCACACCGCCUCUGGACAGAAGACGGGAGGUGUCACCCAAACAGAGUCGGACCGGAAGCUCGCCUCAGGCGCCAACGGGACUAUCCAGCAGUCACUCACCCAAAGCAGUAACCGAGAAUCCGGGAAGGUCCUGGAGAAGUGCCCAGAAACCUCUCCGCUCCUAGUGGGUCCACUGCGUGUGGAGUUCAACUCGCCUGUGAGUUUGGACUUUGUGAAGAAGGAGAACCAGAACGUGGAGGUGGGAGGUCGUUUCCGGCCCAGAGGCUGUUUGGCUCGGCAGAAGGUCGCUAUCAUCAUCCCCUUCAGACACAGAGAGGAGCAUCUGAAGUACUGGCUCUACUACCUCCAUCCAAUCCUGCAGAGGCAACAGCUGGACUACGGAGUCUACGUCAUCCAGCAGGACGGUGAGGAGAUCUUCAACAGGGCCAAACUCCUGAAUGUGGGUUACGUUGAGUCCCUGAAAGAGUACGACUACGAGUGCUUCGUCUUCAGUGACGUGGACCUGAUCCCCAUGGACGACCGGAACACUUACACGUGCUUCAGCCAGCCGCGACACCUGUCCGUGUCCAUGGACAAGUUUGGAUUCAGGUUGCCAUACAAGCAGUACUUUGGCGGCGUCUCCUCGAUGAGUAAAGAACAAUAUUUGAAAAUCAACGGCUUCCCCAACAACUACUGGGGGUGGGGGGGCGAGGACGACGACAUCUACAACAGGUUGUCGUCUAAAGGGAUGAGUAUUUCCCGGCCAGCCGGGGAUGUUGGGAAGUGCCGGAUGAUUCGACACUCCAGAGACAAAAAGAAUGACCCCAACCCUCAAAGGUUCAACCGCAUCGCUCACACCCGAGAGACCAUGGGCAAAGACGGGAUCAACUCCCUGCAGUACAGGCUGGUGAAGAAGGAGAAACUGGAGCUGUACACAAUGGUCACUGUGGACGUGGGGAAACCUUGAGUGGACCGCUGCUGCACCCUGACGCUUAGCGCCUUUUAUCAUGAACAAACCCAACAGACUAGGGGGUGUCGACCUUCAGGGACUUUUAAUUGGACCGCUGGACUCGGUCGGCUGACUCCAUCAGUCUGGCCUUUAUUUUGACAAUCAGGUUUUACUGGUGUGUGGGUCGUUUCCUUUGGUGUCUUCUCUCGGUUGGGCGGGUCUUCAACUGGCUUCCAGGCUUUUGCUGUCACUCCACAGUGUGUGUGGGUGUGGGUUUGUGUGUGUGUGUGUGUGUGCGCGCGCGCGUGUGUGUAUUACCAAAGAACAGUAGCCACGGCUGCAGCUGUUUGUGCCUGUGUCUCACCAUGGUGCUCCAAUAUUGUGAAACCAAACAUUACAGGUAGAAUCCACCGUCACACUCCGGGUGGGCGGGUCCCGAGUCUCUCUGUUGCAGGUGAGCGCCGCCUAAAGGCGAUGUGGAAGAGUCAGCACACUUUUGUUCUGAAGCAACUUGAGCCAAUCCCUCAAUCUUCAGUGCCUUAAAUCGUGA